GUUAUGGAUCUCACACUAAACAAAACAAAAUUAUAUGUUGACAAUGAACCAGCAAUUAAGUUAAGUAAGAAUCCAGUAAUGCAUCCAAGAACUAAACAUAUCGCACUGAGAUAUCACAAAAUCAGACAUGCAGUGGAACAGGAUAUUGUUGAUUUGGAAUAUGUUAAUACAAAAGACCAACAGGCUGAUAUCCUAACUAAAAUUUUAGCUAAAUCCCAAUUUGAAACCUUAAGAGAUGAAUUAGUCUCAAAUUUAACUACUUAA